AUGAUCAUUCACAGUGUUACAUCAUUGAAAUAUUUUACCGUACAUCUUCAAAGACUUUUAAAAGUAAAGAAGAUGGAUAAUAAUAACAAACAAACAGAUAAUAAUAAUAUUAAUAUUAUAGAAAGAUAUAGAAUCAGUAGUAAAUCAUUCAAAUUAUUGGAAGAUAAAAAGUGUCCAUUAUGUGAUAGUCAACUGUUUGAUAGAACAACACUCAAUCAUCACAUUGCAUUGUGUUCAAUCUAUUUCAUGCGAUACAAUCAAAUAAAUGUCGAUCAAAUGGUGAAUCAUGUAAAAGAUGAUGAUGAAAGGAACAAGAGGAGAUUACUCCAAACACCUAGAAGAAUGAUGGAUAUUGGACUAUUUCGAUCAGUGUUGAUUGUCAAUGCAUACACUCGUAGUAUCAUCAUCAAACAUCAAAGACAUAUCAAUCGAUUACUAUCAACAUCUGCAAAAAAGCUGACAAAAACCCAACAAGAACUAAUAUCAUUAGGUUUACCUGACAGUGGGGAUAAGGUCGGUCGAGAAGGUAGAUAUCAUUGUUAUAUAUCUUUUUAUUCUGAGGACAGCAUAGCUGAUUUAAUUAAACAAGUAAAUGGGCUCAGAAGAGUAAUUCAACAAUCUAAAUUGGUAACAUAUUUAUCUAUUAAAUUUUAUUACUCUGAAAUUGAACUUGCAAGACCAUAUGUAAACUUAAUCUAUCAAGAUCUAAAAGAGAAUACAACCAUCACAGAGUAUUCUAUCGAUCCACCACUAUUUGGAAGAAUGAUCUAUGCAGAGAGACCAAGUACAAGAUUCAGCAUUCCUGAAGUUCAAUCUUUCGUUUACUAUGAUAGUUGUUACCUUUACAUACCCUUUUGUUUACCAUCAAUGGUUCCCCACAUUGAUAAAUAUCUUGUUAAAAGUUCAGCUUUUAUUAAACAAUCAUGUCGAACAUUGACAGGAUCACCAUAUAUUAAAACUGUCAAACAGCUUUGUAGUUUCCGAGAACCUUCUGAUGCUAAAGUAUUCAAUCAAUUCACACUCAGUCUACCCAAUCUUGAAUGUAUUCGAUUGGAAUGGGAUAAGGUGGACGAUAUGUCACCAACGUUGCCAAAUGAAUGGAUUCAACAUAUUUAUGAUGGUUUAAAAGAGAUUCACAGUUACACAACGUUAAAGUACCUUUAUCUUAGGGAUACAUGCCCAAGGGGGGACAAUGAAAAACUAUUAUUGAAAUCGUUGGAGGAUGAUUAUGGUUAUAAGAUUUCCAGCAUUGAGUCAUUGUAUUCUUCGUUUGGCUCGCAUUUUUCACCUGUCUCUUCGCCAGUCCCAGGUCAAAUGAACAACCUUGAGAAUGAGAGACAAAAAAUCCUACUAUUAUUAAAAGAAGAAUGA